AUGGCCUGGGCCUCCUGCUGGGGCCUGGCGGUGCUGCUGAGCGCCCCCUGGGGGCUGCCGCGGGGCAGCGCCGGGCAGCCCUGGGCGGGCGAGAAGGGCAUCUCGGUGCCGGACCACGGCUUCUGCCAGCCCAUCUCCAUCCCGCUCUGCACCGACAUCGCCUACAACCAGACCAUCCUGCCCAACCUGCUGGGCCACACCAGCCAGGAGGACGCCGGCCUGGAGGUGCACCAGUUCUACCCGCUGGUGAAGGUGCAGUGCUCGCCCGAGCUGCGCUUCUUCCUCUGCUCCAUGUACGCCCCCGUCUGCACCGUGCUGGAGCAGGCCAUCCCCCCCUGCCGCUCCCUGUGCGAGCGGGCCCGCCAGGGCUGCGAGGCCCUCAUGAACAAGUUCGGCUUCCAGUGGCCCGAGCGGCUCCGGUGCGAGAACUUCCCCGUCCACGGGGCCGGCGAGAUCUGCGUGGGGCAGAACACCUCGGACGCGGCCGGCGGAGGGGGCACGGGCGGCCCCGGGCCCCCCACGGCCCGCCCCACCCCCUACCUGCCCCACCCCCGGGGGCCCCCGCCGCCCCCCGCCGGCUACGCCUUCGCCUGCCCUCGCCAGCUUAAGGUGCCCCCGUACCUGGGCUACCGCUUCCUGGGCGAGAAGGACUGCGGGGCCCCCUGCGAGCCGGGGCUGUCCAACGGGCUGAUGUACUUCAAGGAGGCCGAGGUCCGCUUCGCCCGCCUCCUGGUGGGCAUCUGGUCCGUCCUCUGCUGCGCCUCCACCCUCUUCACCGUCCUGACCUACCUGGUGGACAUGAGGCGCUUCAGCUACCCGGAGAGGCCCAUCAUCUUCCUCUCCGGCUGCUACUUCAUGGUGGCCGUGGCCUACGUGGCGGGCUUCCUGCUGGAGGACAAGGUGGUCUGCGUGGAGCGCUUCUCCGAGGAGGGCUACCGCACCGUGGUGCAGGGCACCAAGAAGGAGGGCUGCACCAUCCUCUUCAUGAUCCUCUACUUCUUCGGCAUGGCCAGCUCCAUCUGGUGGGUCAUCCUCUCCCUCACCUGGUUCCUGGCCGCCGGCAUGAAGUGGGGCCACGAGGCCAUCGAGGCCAACUCCCAGUACUUCCACCUGGCCGCCUGGGCGGUGCCCGCGGUCAAGACCAUCACCAUCCUGGCCAUGGGGCAGGUGGACGGGGACGUGCUGAGCGGGGUCUGCUACGUGGGCAUCUACAGCGUGGACGCCCUGAGGGGCUUCGUCCUGGCCCCGCUCUUCGUCUACCUCUUCAUCGGCACCUCCUUCCUGCUGGCUGGCUUCGUGUCCCUCUUCCGCAUCAGGACCAUCAUGAAGCACGACGGCACCAAGACGGAGAAGCUGGAGAAGCUCAUGGUGAGGAUCGGGGUCUUCAGCGUCCUCUACACGGUGCCCGCCACCAUCGUCCUGGCCUGCUACUUCUACGAGCAGGCCUUCCGGGACUCGUGGGAGAAGACGUGGCUCCUCCAGACCUGCAAGAGCUACGCCAUCGAGUGCCCCACCGACUUUGCCCCCAUGAGCCCUGACUUCACCGUCUUCGUCAUCAAGUACCUCAUGACCAUGAUUGUGGGCAUCACCACGGGCUUCUGGAUUUGGACUGGCAAGACGCUCCAGUCUUGGCGGCGCUUUUACCACAGACUCAGCACGGGCAGCAAAGGGGAGACCGUGGUAUGAGGGUCUCCCCCCAGCCCCCUUUCUCAAGGCCGCUCUUGGUUUCUUGUGUGGGAGACAAGAGAAGGAAAAUGGGGUGGAAGGGGCGGGUGGGGCCUCCAAAAUCUGCCUUGUUCUUAACCAACAGAGAAAAAAUUAUGCGUGCAAAGAACCUCCUGACUUGGUUUUCCUCCCUGGCCGAGUUGGAAAUGCAC